AUGACGCGCGACGACGCUCCGCCGCCGGCCAAACGGCAAAAGAGCAAUCUCCCGCCACCACUCCGCGAUGCGAAACGCAAGGACAUAGACAACUGGGAGACAAAUCGGAUGUUAACUUCGGGUGUCGCGCAGCGAAGAGAAUACGAUGGUGACUUUGUUCCUGAUGACGAAGAAGGAACUCGUGUGCACCUGUUGGUACACGACCUGCGCCCGCCCUUCCUCGAUGGCCGCACCAUCUUCACCAAGCAGCUUGAGCCUAUAUCCGCAGUGCGCGAUCCCCAGAGCGACAUGGCUGUCUUUAGUCGGAAAGGAAGCAAGGUCGUUCGAGAGCGGCGCCAGCAGCGGGAACGGCAGAAGCAAGCGCAAGAUGCUACGACUGUCGCGGGCACCGCCUUGGGCAACAUAAUGGGAGUUAAAGAAGACGAGGAGGGCGAUAGCGCAGUCGCGGCACCAAUAGAUGAUGUGUACAAAGGAGGGAAUCAAUUUGCGAAACACAUGAAGAAAGAUGAAGGUGGCGCCAGUGCCUUCAGCAAGAGCAAGACCCUUCGUGAGCAGAGAGAAUAUCUGCCUGCAUUUGCAGUGCGGGAGGAACUGUUGCGCGUGAUCCGGGAUAACCAGGUCAUCGUCGUCGUCGGAGAGACCGGAUCAGGGAAAACAACGCAAUUGACCCAAUUCCUGUAUGAGGACGGGUAUGGCAAGUAUGGGAUGAUUGGGUGCACACAACCGCGAAGAGUGGCGGCCAUGAGUGUUGCCAAACGUGUGAGCGAGGAGAUGGAUGUGGAGUUGGGAGGUCUGGUUGGCUAUGCAAUCCGCUUUGAGGACUGCACCAGCGAUAAAACUGUCAUCAAAUAUAUGACCGAUGGUGUCCUCCUGAGAGAAUCGUUGGUUCAACCAGACCUCGACAAAUACUCGUGUAUUAUUAUGGAUGAGGCGCACGAGCGGGCUCUCAAUACUGACGUCCUCAUGGGUCUGAUCAAGAAGGUUCUGGCUCGACGAAGAGACCUGAAGUUGAUCGUGACGUCUGCCACCAUGAAUGCGGAACGGUUUUCUCGGUUUUUCGGCGGAGCUCCCGAGUUUAUUAUCCCUGGAAGAACAUUCCCCGUCGACAUUCAAUUUUCUCGCUCUCCCUGUGAGGACUACGUGGACAGUGCAGUCAAGCAGGUCUUGGCUAUCCACGUCUCACAAGGCCCUGGCGAUAUAUUGGUGUUCAUGACGGGUCAAGAGGAUAUUGAAGUAACCUGCGAACUCAUUGAGGAGAGGUUGAAACUCUUGAAUGACCCUCCCAAGCUGAUCAUAUUGCCCAUCUACAGUCAAAUGCCGGCGGAGCAGCAAGCAAAGAUCUUCGAAAAGGCCCCUCCCGGGGUUCGGAAGGUGAUUGUCGCCACCAACAUCGCCGAAACGAGCUUGACUGUGGACGGGAUUAUGUACGUGGUGGAUUCUGGCUUUUCGAAGCUGAAGGUCUACAAUCCUCGCAUGGGUAUGGAUACUCUUCAAAUUACGCCGAUCUCACAGGCCAACGCUGGCCAGCGCGCCGGACGAGCAGGCAGGACCGGUCCAGGCAAAGCGUAUCGGCUUUACACGGAGCAGGCUUACAAGAACGAGUUCUACCUCCAGACAAUCCCUGAAAUUCAGCGGACCAGUCUUUCCAAUACGGUUCUCCUUCUCAAGUCGCUUGGUGUGAAGGAUCUGUUGGACUUCGAUUUCAUGGAUCCUCCACCGCAAGAGACGAUCAGCACGUCUCUUUUCGAGCUGUGGGCACUCGGGGCUUUGGACAAUUUGGGUGAACUGACGCCGCUGGGCCGGCGCAUGACACCGUUUCCGAUGGAUCCAUCUCUCGCGAAGAUGCUGAUUACAGCUUCGGAAGAGUACGGCUGUAGCGAGGAGGUGCUGACCAUUGUGUCGAUGUUGUCGGUGCCAAGUGUAUUCUAUCGGCCGAAGGAACGUCAGGAAGAAUCGGACGCAGCUCGGGAGAAAUUCUUUGUGCCUGAAUCCGAUCACCUGACACUGCUCCAUGUGUAUACACAAUGGAAGGCCCAUGGCUAUUCGGACGCGUGGUGCACGAAACACUUUCUCCACUCGAAGUCCCUCCGACGCGCGAAGGAGAUCCGCGAGCAGCUACAAGACAUCAUGGCAAUGCAGAAGAUGCCUCUGGUCAGCUGCGGCACCGACUGGGAUGUGAUCCGCAAGUGCAUCUGCUCGGGAUACUACCACCAGGCGGCUCGAGUCAAGGGUCUUGGCGAGUUUAUCAAUCUGCGGACCAACGUAACGAUGCAGCUACACCCGACGAGUGCGCUGUACGGGCUGGGAUAUGUGCCGGACUACGUGGUCUACCACGAACUGAUCCUGACGAGUAAGGAGUACAUGUCGGUUGUGACAGCUGUUGACCCACAUUGGCUCGCCGAACUCGGAGGCGUCUUCUACUCCAUCAAAGAGAAGGGCUAUUCACACCGCGAGCGCCGCAUCACUGAGCAAGAAUUCAACCGACGGAUGGAGAUCGAAGCGCAGAUGGCGGCCGACCGCGAGCGGGCCGCAGCAGAGAAGGAGAAGGAAAAGGAGCGCAACGACCCAGCGCGACGCAAGAGGGAGAUCGAAGCCGGUAGCGGUCCAACCAUCCGCACCGCCGUGCGAAAGCCUGCCAUAGUUGGCGCGCGACGACCGGGAGGUCUCGUGACGGCUUCUUCGACAUCGACCAACGGAAGCAGCGGCGGAAGCAGCGUGGUAAAGAAACCGCCGACGACGAGGAGACCUGGAAGGGUCUUCUAA